ACCCUCCUCAAAAUCAUUUUCUUCUUGUAGUUGACAAAGCCAAUUGAUAUUAGACUUAUUAGUAAGUCUAUUUAUUUAUUUUAUUUAUACAUGCAAAAAGUAGUGCAUAUACGCAGAGCUCAUACCAAUCUUGGCAUGUCUGUAACGAAAAUUCACAAUGUUGGCUUUAUUUACUUGUUUGCGCUUCUUAGUGAUGGCAGAACCAAGCAGCAUAUGUGUUAUGCCUAGUAGAAAAGCAAGAAGGAAGCAAUGAUAAAAAUGCUUAAUUAUAAAUAUAUAUGAUAUAAGAAUAGAAGGAUUAGGAGAGGCAAGAAAAGGGGUUUGACGGGGUCAACGAAAGGGUGAAGAAUAAAAUGGGGUGCCAGGGAGAAAGAUGACUAAGAAUAGGGAGUGCAUGAAGAAAGAGGGCUUCCUAAUCUUCUUCCACCCCCACAACAAGCAACGACGUAAACCAACAAACAUGUCACACCCUCAAUUCCAACAACACAACAUUAUUGCUGCCAAACAACAACAACAAACUCUCCCAGCGGCGGCCCAUUUCUACCCGCCUCGGCAAUGGCCGCUGCUCUUUUCUUUUUCUUCCUCUUCCUCCUUCCUCUCCCUUCCUUCUCCAUCACCGACGGCGAAGCCUUACUCAAACUCAAACAAGCCCUCAACAACCCUCCUGCCCUCUCCUUAUGGGUCCCAAACAAGGACCCUUGCGCCCUCCCCCUCUGGGUUGGCGUCCUCUGCGCUAAGGGCACCAUCAACGGCAUCAACCUCGCCAACAUGGGACUCUCCGGCACCAUCGACGUCGACGCCCUCUUGCAAAUCCCCUCCCUCAGGACCAUCAGCCUCAUCAACAACUCAUUAUCCGGCCCCAUUCCCGACCUCAACAGGAUCGGCGCCCUCAAAGCCAUUUACCUCAACACCAACCAAUUCUCCGGUUCCAUUCCGCCUGAUUACUUCGACAAGUUAGCCUCCUUGAAGAAGCUAUGGCUCUCCGACAAUAAAUUCUCCGGUAACAUACCCAUAUCAUUGACCAAGCUUCGCUUCCUUUCCGAGUUGCGCCUCGACAAAAACGACUUCUCAGGGACUCUACCUGACUUCACCCAACCAAUAAGAAUCCUCGACUUUUCCAACAACAAGCUAGAAGGUCCAAUACCACCAUCCAUGGCGGGCUUUGACGCUAGUGUCUUCGCCGGGAAUCCAGCUCUCUGCGGGAAGCCUCUCAAGGAAUGCGGCGGUGGGGACGCCUCUCCUUCUGAGCCGGCGAGCUCUGGGGGCAGCGCCGGCGGUGGAUUGAGUUGGUUCUGGAAGAUCCUGAUUGUCAUUCUGCUGGCGGCGAUUCUGGCGGGAGUGUUCGUGUUGGUGAAGAAUCGGCGGGACCAAAGCGAUAACUUCAGCGUGAUGAGCAGAGGAAACAGCCACGUGGACGAGGAGGUGAUGCAGGUGCACGUGGCGAAGAGCGUUAAGGGAUCAGAAGGGGGCAGCGGCACAGGCAUUGGUGGAAAGAGAGGAGGUGGCGGGAGAGGGGGGAUGGGUGACCUCAUAAUGGUGAACGAUGAGAAGGGCGUGUUUGGGCUGACGGACUUGAUGAAGGCGGCAGCGGAGGUGCUGGGGAACGGGGGACUAGGGUCGGCGUACAAGGCGGCGAUGGCGAACGGGAUAUCGGUGGUGGUUAAGAGGAUGAGGGAGAUGAAUAAGGUGAGCAGAGACAUAUUCGACGCGGAGAUGAGACGGUUUGGAAGGAUCAGAAACCGUAACAUCCUGACUCCUCUUGCUUACCAUUAUCGCAAGGAGGAGAAGUUGUUUGUGACGGAAUACAUCCCCAAAGGAAGCUUGCUUUAUGUGCUUCAUGGAGAUAGAGGAUCCAGCCAUGGCGAACUCACCUGGCCAACACGUUUCGCCAUUGUCAAGGGAAUCGCAAAAGGUUUGAGUUUCCUCUACACUGAAUUUUCAACCGAAGAGCUUCCCCAUGGGAACCUCAAAUCCAGCAACAUUCUCCUCACCAACCAGUAUGAGCCUCUCCUCAGCGACUAUGGAUUCCAUUCGCUCAUGAAUCCCAACUACGCCAUUCAAACCUUGUUUGCCUACAAAACUCCAGACUACACCGAAUACAAACACGUGUCUCAGAAGACCGAUGUGUACUGCCUUGGCAUCAUCAUUCUGGAGAUCAUAACCGGCAAGUUCCCCUCUCAGUAUCACAGCAAUGGCAAGGGCGGCACCGAUGUUGUGCAGUGGGUGUCCACCGCCAUUUCCGAGAAAAGAGAGGCGGAUUUAAUCGACCCGGACUUGCACCCUAACAACAGCUCUCUCCCUCAGAUGCUGCAGCUCGUCCGCAUUGGAGCUGACUGCACGGAACCCAACCCCCAACGACGUCUUCCCAUGAAGGAAGCCAUUAGGAGGAUAGAGGAACUUCAGCUUUAAUUUAAUUUCUAUUGUAUUUUCAAAUUAGUUUAUAUUAGUUUCAGUGCAGGCCUAGGAAAGGAA